AUGAGGAGGUUCUUGAAAAAAAUUAUUUAAAAAAAUUAGGAUUUUGAAAAGCAAAGAGCAAAUUAGAAGAAAUUAGAAAAAAAAAUAGCUUGCUCUAAAAUCCUUGAUGACAAUUACAACAUUGAGAUACUUUAUCUCUACUAAUUAUGGAGUGGAGCAAAUAAAUUUUUUUGUUAAGGAAGAGUAAUUACUGGACCUAAAUACAAGCCUUUUUUGAUUGCAAUACUCUUGAUAUUGAUACCAACUAUUAUGGUUAUAGUAUUCUUCUAGGAGCAUAGAUUAAUUGUAAUAAUUCUUGCUAGUGUUGUGUUUUUUUUUAAGUUUAAGGCUUCGUUCAAUGAUCCAGGUAUAGUUGAUAGAUUAAACAACACUUUCCAAGAUGAUGAAGAAAUAAAAAUGAUUCCUUCAAAAUCUUACUCAACUCAGUUACAUGGAGUGUAUAUAAAUGAUACAAAUGGUCACUUAUAGCAGUAUAGAUUAUGUGAAACUUGUUAAAUUUAUAAAAACAAAAAUAUGAAGCACUGUAGAACAUGUGAUAAUUGCGUUUCUUAAUUUGACCAUCAUUGUAUUUGGUUGAAUAACUGCAUAGGAAAAAGAAACUACACAGAUUUCAUAAUGUAUUUGAUAUUUUUAUAGUCUCUAAUAGCAUAUACUAUCUAUUUAUGCAUAUAAUAUAUAAUUGAUGAGACCAAUUUAAUAGCAACUAGCCAAUUUAUCACUCGAAGUAUAGCUUUGAAUAAAGUACUCUCACAUCAGCCUCUUUCUAUCAUUCUUAUAAUAUAUGGAACCAUAUUUCUAUUUUUAGUAUCGACUCUAUUUUUUUUUCAUGUAUAUUUGCUAUUCAAAAGCUUAACUACAGUCGAAUUUACCAAAAUCUAGAAGGGAGUUAAAAAUUAUUUCAGUUUGUCCCUUAUUGAAACUUUUAAAUAAAAAUUCAGCUUAUUUAACAAUUCGUCUUCUUUGGAUUUCAGAAAGAAAAUAAUAAUUAAAACAAAAAAAGAACCAAAACAAAAUACUUAAGUUUCAAAUAAUUUAGUUUAGGCAGCAACUUUCAGAUAAUAGAGUUAAAGUUAGGACAAUAAAAACGAGAUUAAUUAUUGUUCGAAGAGCAAAGAAACUCCUUAACCUGUAAUGCUAGAAUAAAGCUUAGCAUUAAACAUAAAUGCAAAUUAAAGUUAAAUAGAAUUAUAAGGCAAAAAAUAAGAUGAUUAACAAGAUGAUAAUGUAUAAAAUGGUAAUACUGAAUAAUUUUAAACAAUUUAUAUAAACCAAAAAAAUUAGCUUAAAAAGAUCAAGCUUCCUUCUAUAGGUGUAAGAAAACUAAAUAAAAAUUAAAGCUAAUUUAAAUAUUCCAAUUUUUCUAAAAAUCAGAAACAUAAUUAGAGUUUAAAGCAGUUGUCAGAAAUUUAAGGCUCAGAAAAUUACAUAAAAAAUUUUAUUGAAGGAUCAGGAAUUUGUUAAACAAAUUUAAUAAAUCAAAAAAAUCAAUAGAAUCUCCCUUCCCCUAGUGAUGCAAAUAAGGCAUCUCAAUAAUAAUUAAAUUAGGAAGAUAUAGAAGCAAGCAAUAUUAAUAACAAUGAGAUUUCUAUACAAAAAAGCUAAAUUUAUGAAGAAAAUGAUGCUGUGUAAAUCAGCUAUUAUUCUGACACUAUUUAUAAUUGA